UGGGCGUCUAUUUGACAUAGACUUUUUAUUUUUUAUUUUGCUUUAUUAGUUAAUUUCUUAGAUAUUUUAUGCAGAUUUAAAGAACAUAAUUGCAAAUUCGUUAGGGGUAAAUGUUUGUUUCAUUUAACUAUGAUCUGAUAACGAAGUGUGACGUCUUUAAAAGAUGGAAACAGAUGAAAGUAGUAACGAGGCAGAUGUAGACAAUCUUUCUAAUGUAGAAAGUGGUUCUGAACAAAAGCAAAAUUCAUUCCAAGUUCCUUGUUUUGAGAUUUCCUCAUGGAGUCCACAGGGUCCUGCCGGGCUCCAGUUUGUAUCUCUUGUGCCUUUCAUGGAAACUCACCUAGUCGGGAAGCAAGAAUGUCACGUUGGAAAGAUUAAAGUGUCGACUACACAUCGUAAACAGCGACUGAAGGAGUUUCACUCGGGAAGAACAACAUGUAGAAAUAUUGUCGAUGAGAGAAGAUUGAGAGCAGCUUGUAAUGACAAUGAUUAUGUGACAGGUAAGUUCUUUUUCCUAAAAGUUGUUGAGUUACUAGAAGGCGGGGCCGACCCGUCCGGUGAAGAUGACAAGAAAAGGACGCCCCUUCAUAUAGCUGCUUCUCAAGGCUACCAACAAAUAGUGAAAGUGUUGCUUGAUAAAGGAGCAGAUCCAAAUAAAAAAGAUUUCAUCGGGAACACUCCAUUGCAUUUAGCGGCCUGUACAUGCCAGAUACCUGUUGUAACACUGCUGCUAAAAGCAG